CACCGCCGCGUUCGCUGGAAGGUCCCUGGAAGGCGGCUCCGGCCAUCGGCGAGCAUCGUCUUGAGGCGGCGGCGGCGGCGAGUCGGAGCGCUCCCCUUCCUUGGGAUUCCCUCGCCGUUUAAAGCCAUGGCGGCGGCGGCGGUGGCGGCAGAUGCGGUGGCGGCGGCGGCGGUGGCGGCGGCGGCAGCCGGGUGACGCCCGAGGCGGCGGAUGAGCGGCGGCCGACCGAGUCCUGGCGUGGGAAGAGGAUGCGGGAGUACAAGGUGGUGGUGCUGGGCUCGGGCGGGGUGGGCAAAUCGGCGCUCACCGUGCAGUUCGUGACGGGCACGUUCAUCGAGAAGUACGACCCCACCAUCGAAGACUUCUACCGCAAGGAGAUCGAGGUGGACGCCUCGCCGUCGGUGCUGGAGAUCCUCGACACAGCCGGCACCGAGCAGUUCGCCUCCAUGCGGGAUCUCUACAUCAAGAACGGGCAGGGCUUCAUCUUGGUCUACAGCCUGGUCAACCAGCAGAGCUUCCAGGACAUCCGCCCCAUGCGCGACCAGAUCAUCCGUGUCAAGAGAUAUGAAAAGGUACCUGUAAUCUUGGUUGGAAAUAAAGUGGACUUGGAGAACGAGAGAGAAGUUUCAUCCAGUGAAGGCAGAGCUCUGGCUGAAGAAUGGGGUUGUCCUUUUAUGGAGACAUCUGCUAAAAGCAAAACCAUGGUGGAUGAGCUCUUUGCAGAGAUUGUCAGACAAAUGAACUACGCCUCUCAACCCGAUAAAGAUGACCCAUGCUGUUCUGCAUGUAAUAUACAAUAGCAUUCCAAGGAUGGAAUUGGACCUCAUUUGCUGUAUUUGGGUAAGGUGACAGAAUAGACUAUUUCACGCUGUGAUUUAAAGUUGGUCAAAAAUUCAAAGUGGAGUAGCACUGACCCUCCAAGUGAACAUCGAUCGAUUGAAUAAAAUAAUAAUAAUUGAGAAGCUUUAUUUGCCUGCAGCACACCUUCUGCAUGUUCUACUCUCUGGCUUAGCCAACAGAUUACAGGGUGAGCACAAUCCGUGCACAUUGGCUUGUCAGGUAACAGCUACUGCUUUAAAUUAAGAAAAGUUUUCGGUGAAAAGGAGCGCACCAGCAAAGACCUUUUGCACUCUGCCUAUUCUGUACUGAUAAGUGAAGAUUUAACAAAAGGUAUCUACUUAUUGAAUUUCAGGACUUUUAUCACUUGUGGCCAAGUCAGUCAAAUAUGCUAAUUUUAUUUUUUGACGCAAGUGUUGAUAAAUUUAUUGGCAAACUAAUAUAUAAUUCUGUUGUUUCCUUUACAUUCAUUCUUUUCUGUGAUCCCAUAAUGCAAAAAGGAAAAAUGCUCCAUCAGUACUUGAACGGAAAGAGAGAAGCUCUGGGGGGAAAAAAUCAACAGCUUGUAAAGAGAACACCGAAACAUUAGAAUAUGCUAAAUAUUCUGCAUUGUUGCUCAGAAAAUGGUGGAUUGCUUCAGCUGCUGUUCAGUCAAGAUACCAAACCAGCCCUUGCUUUACCGAGCAGGAAAUGCAUCAAUCUCUUUGCUGAUCCAGGAAGAAGCAACCAUGAUGGGGUAAAAAAGAAUUGUUUGGCCUUACUAAUGAGGAACAUUGCUAGCACAUUAACAAGUACCACCUUGUAAGGAAAAUGAAGCCAUGUUGUAUUCAGACGUUCCUUUUUGCAGAAACCUCACAGGGGCUGUAAAAGCAUCCUAUAUUUUUUAGUUUAAGGAUACCAGUUUAUUUUUUUGCCUUUUAAGGGCUGUGUCUUGGAUGUGAUAUACUAAUUGAGCUAUGGAAUUUAAUUUUGCCAAUUUAUCUCUUUACUGUUGGCGAUUCUGGUUAACUGUGUAGAAUUACUUUGUCUCAGAAGGUGAAUACAAAAUAUUUUAAUUCCAUGUGGGAAUGAGAAAAAAAGGAUUUGUGUCUUCAAUUGCCUAAUAUGCUAGUCAGGUGCUGCCAUUAAAGUGAUCCUGUUGCCCUGGUUAUUGCUGUGACAAAUAGUGAGUGAAAGCAUUGUUUUAAAAUGGUGGCUCAGCCUCUAAUUUUAAUUUAAAUAGCAGUGAAAUACUUAAAAUUUGCAUGACUUAACAGCACCAAUUAUAUCUAUUAUGUCUUACAAUCGAGGAAGUUUCCAAUCAGAAAGUCAGAAGAUUGAAAUGGUGGAAUGAUAAUGGACCUUGAUGGAUAAAUUGGUCUUUAAAAUACAGUAUCACCGAGCCUAUGGUCCAAAUACUAUCCUGAAAGAUUGGGUUCUCAAUCUUGUGAAGUAGUUCUGUAAUUUCUUGUGUAGAUGAGAGGAAAGGAAUGUAUGUUCUGUGUAUGGGUGUGAGUGUGUUGGCGAGUGCAACUUUUUACAAAUGCUGUAAUGAACUUGAGUUCUGAGAUUUUGCCUUGAUCAGCAGAAAAACAAACUGCAAUCUAAAGGGUAUCAAAAGCAAAUGAAUUUUUAAAAGCCUUUUUUAAAAAAAACACUUGGCCACUUUAUACCUUACACAGUAAGAACACAUUUAAUGUAGAUUAGAUCAAUUUCUAACAAUAAUGAUGGAUGAUUAUUGGUUGUACUUGCCUUUGUUCUUGAAUUAUUUCUCCCUCAUAAUCAAGAAAGCAAAGAGUUGUCAUUUAAACAGGAGGUCCUGUAUUAGAAAUGUAAUUCCUUCCUAAACCUCAUGCUCCGCUUUAAGAAUUUCUGAACCUUAAUGCAGCUUUUAUUGGGCACCUCCAUGUGUUAAGGUAAAAAUUAUGAAUUACCAUCUUUAAAUUCUUCUAGAAGAAACAUCAGAAAAUAAUUUCACUGAUCAAAUAAAAGUGGAAUAAGCAGGUAUAGAAGAGUGUUGAGUGCAUCUUAUACUGAUUGAUUCCAAAAAGAAAUCCUGCAUUGCAUGUCAGAUUAUUUGAUGUAAAAAGAACGAGGAGCAUAAAUGGCAGUUCUUUUAUUUUUGUCAAGGCGUCAUUUUAAUAGGAAGCUUUGGGAGAAAAAAAAAAA